AUGUCUCUCAUCGGAAAGGUCGCUCUCAUCACCGGUGCUUCUAAAGGAAUUGGCCGAGCCACAGCCCUACGCCUCGCCAAGGACGGAGCCAACGUGGUAGUGGGAUAUAACUCGAACCCCGCAGCAGCCGACGAGGUUGUGAAUCAGAUUGGCACCGACAAAGCGAUCGCAAUCCAAGCCGAUGUAGGCGAUGUCGACGAAAUCACAUCUCUCGUGGAACAAACUAUCCAGCGCUUUGGCAGGAUUGAUCUUCUUGUCCCCUGCGCUGGCAUUAUGACCCUGACUACACUUGAACAAACGACCGAGGAGGCCUAUGACAAAAUGUUCGCCAUAAAUGUUAAAGGACCCUUUUUCUUAUGCCAGAAAGCCGUUCCGCAUAUGGGCCCCGGGUCACAUAUUGUUCUCUUAUCUACAACACUCUGUGCUGCCUCAACUGUCACGCCUGUCUACUUGCCCUAUGUUACAAGUAAGGGCGCAGUCGAGCAGAUGACUAGGGUCCUGUCCAAGGAUGUCGCUCGCAAAGGAAUCAGUGUUAAUUGUGUGGCUCCCGGCCCUACUGCCACCGACCUGUUUAUGCGAAAUCAGUCCGAGCAGACGCUGAAUUUUUUGAAAAACGCCAAUCCUAAUGGAAGGAUUGGAGAGACUGAGGAUAUUGCUGAUAGUAUUGCGUUUUUGUGUAGUAGUGAUAGUCGCUGGGUGACAGGACAGACACUUCGAGUGAAUGGGGGGAUGGCAUAG